GUAAGGUGCUGCAGGGAGCCGAGCAGAGAUACUCAAUAGCAGAAAAAGCAGCCCUAGCAGUUGUUGUUACCGCAAGGAAAUUGAGGCCAUAUUUCCAAUCCCAUUCUAUUAUUGUGAUGACUGACCAGCCUUUAAGACAAAUUUUGCAGAAACCAGAAUGCUCCGGGAGGCUCAUCAAAUGGGCAGUAGAGCUGGGAGAGUUUCAGAUAGCAUUCCAGCAGAGAUCGACAAUCCGAGCUCAAGCUUUGGCAGAUUUCGUAGUCGAAUGCACCUCUAAUCAGGUAAAGCCAAAUUCCGAGGCAGAAACAUGGACCCUGUAUGUCGACGGAUCAUCUAAUAACAAGGGCUCAGGAGCUGGAGCAGUGUUAACUGGACCUGACGGCUUCCGGAGUGAACACGCUUUGAAGUUCAACUUCCAGGCCACAAACAACGUGGCCGAAUAUGAAGCCCUCCUUCUGGGAUUACGUCUGGCGGCCGAGCUCAAAGUCAAACGCCUGCAGAUUUACAGUGACUCGCAACUGGUAGUUAACCAAAUCAAUUCUAUGUCCUAUUCGUUACCACUCCUCAGAUGCCUGACACCAUAUGAAGCAGAGUAUGCGCUAAGAGAAGUGCACGAGGGGGUAUGCGGUAAUCACGUGGGAGCCCGAACUCUGGCACACAAGGUACUUCGCCAAGGGUACUAUUGGCCUAACAUGCAAGAAGACGCAAAGAAGUUCGUACAGAGGUGCCAGAAAUGCCAGUUUUUCGCCCAUCUCACCCACCAGCCAGCCGAAGAACUUACUAGCUUGACUGCACCAUGGCCCUUUGCUCAAUGGGGGAUAGACCUUCUGGGUCCCUUCGUCAAAGCAGUAGGGGGAGCAACGCAUUUGGUGGUCGCUGUUGAUUACUUUACCAAAUGGGUAGAAGCCAAACCUCUCUCUUGUCUAACUUCGAGAAGAAUCGAGGAUUUCCUCUUCACCUCGGUCAUCUGCAGAUAUGGGAUACCGAACCAAAUCAUCGCCGAUAACGGCCCCCAGUUCAAUUGUAACUCCUUCAGGGACUUCUGCUCAAGCUACGGGAUUAAGUUGGUGUUCACCUCCGUCUAUCACCCUGAAGCCAAUGGAAUGGUCGAAUCAGUCAACAAGGCUAUCUUGGAAGGAAUCAAGCCGAGGUUAGAUCAGCUGAAAACAAAGUGGGUAGAUGAACUCAACAACGUCCUGUGGGCUUACCGGACAACAAGCCGAACUGCCACAGGCGAAACGCCCUACAACUUAGCCUUCGGCACUGAGGCAGUCAUUCCUGUCGAAAUCGGUGUCCCAAGCCUAAGAAUCAGUCACUUUGAACCAGCUCGAAAUGAGCGUCUACUAAGGGAAAACCUUGAUUUCCUGGACGAAGUCCGAGAGCAAUCCCGACUUCGGACUCUAGCAUAUAAACAAAGGAUAGCCAACCUUUACAAUAAGCGAGUCCGACCUCGAAACUUCAGAGUCGGUGACCUCGUCCUCAGAAAAGCUGGGCUCACAGGGUUCGAAACCCGAUAUGGCAAGCUAGCACCAAACUGGGAAGGCCCUUACAUUGUAACCGAGGUCCCGCACCCCGGGGCAUACAUUCUCCAAGACGCCGAGGGCAAAAGGGUGCCUAGAGUUUGGAACAGUCUUUACAUACCUUUCAUCCAUGGCUUCGGGUGCCUCAAAUAUCCCUGGACCUCUACAAUUGUUGGCAACACACCAACCACAGUGGACAACCAAUUUGAUUUCGAAGUCACCCUUAAGGGAUUAUAUGUGGCUCCUAGAUCCACUUGGGCAACAAAACGAAAAUUCAUCCCUUGGCCUCCAUUGUUAGGAAUUUCACUCAUUCAUGAUUUCCCUACAAAGAAGAAACAAAUCAUGGGAUCCAAGAAAAGAUUCCUCAAAACUGACCCAAUUUCUUGGACCACCAACAAAGCCAAUCCUGAAAAAAGUUCCAAAUUACUUUGCACUACAACCAACCUACAAAGUGUAUCACCCUAGGAAACACAGCUUUUUAGACCCCUACUACCACUAUGUGUGUCUAUUUAGAUCAGAUUAUGUGUGGGCUAAGGUUUCCACUCCAUCCUUUCAUUAUCCAGUGAGUCUCUUCCCUCUUGUGUGAUUAUUUAUAUCUUGUUGCAUGCUAAGUGUUGGUUGCUUUGUGUUACUAACCUUUUGCAUUUGGCAUGGGAGUACUAGGUGAGUCCCUUCCUUCUGUGUAAGUAGGUUUGUUUGUGGAUGAUAUAUUUGUUGAGUGCUUUACAUGCUUUAUUUGAUUGCUGUGGGAUAUAUGUUGCUAUUUUUGUGGUUGCCAUUAUGCAGGUUAUUGAAGUGUCAUGCCCCUUUGCACACACCCACUCUCAUUU